AUGGAGAACUGCGAAAGGAGUUCGGGCUGGUCCAGAACCGAGUGGUCUUUGAUUUGCGAUAACAAACGAGUUCCUGCUUUGACAAGGAACUCGAGUUUGUUCUGGGUUUUGAACUCCUCGAGCGUGUUGACGUUGAAGAUGCUGCCGUUGGACACAAACACGGAAUUGGCCGGCAAUUGCGACUCGAAGUCGCGCAAGGAACCAAAACUGGUGUCGUUCAAAUUAAUCGCGGGGGUUUGCCCUGGCGAUAAGGAUUUGUAG